AUGCCGGAUGAUCCCCAACGAGACACCGAACUCUACCUUGACACACUGAUCACAUUUAAGGUCGAUGACACUAUUUUCAAAAUACCUCCCCAGUACAUGCACGAAGAGUCAGAGGUAUUCAGUGCUGGGGCACAGAUAUCUGCCGAAAGCGGUGAAGGAUCGUCCGAUGCAAAUCCCGUGAACCUUUCACCUUUGCCCCAUGGUUGUACCACGAGAUAUACACUGAACCAGUGGUUCUCAGUACUCAAGUUCUCGACUGCCUGGUGUUUCUCUGAUAUACGCAUGUUGGCUAUGGAGCAAAUAUCGAGAUUGCAAACCAACUAUACCAGGGAUCAGUGGAUUACAGUGCUAGACUUUGCCUAUACCUCUGACCUGUUCACUGAUCUUCGUGACCUUGCCAUUAAACGCAUAUCUGGAUUCUAUGUCAGUUCUAGGGUGGACCAAGUCCUCCUGGGUCGCAAGUAUUUCCACAAGCCAUGGAUGAUCGAGGGCCUAAGGGAACUGGCCAAUGCGAAUGACCUUCCCUCAUUAAAGGAGCUCAGACCACUAGGAAAAGACACCCUGAAUACGUUGCUCUAUAUGGCGUUCACUAGAGUGCGUGACGAAGGGAGAGGAUGCCACCGCCCACUUUACGACGAUCGAGAAGUCGAGGAGAAUUUUCACGACGAGAUUGUAGCCGUGGUGGGUUGA